AUGCAGCUUGAAAACUUUGGCGAUGAGUUCAAUUUCCCCAAAAUGGAGGAGGAUGUCCUUAAGAUGUGGGAAGAGAAGGACUGUUUUCGAGUCUGGCUAAAACGUUCAGAAGGUCGCAAGCGGUUUUCCUUCUACGACGGUCCUCCCUUUGCCACUGGUCUUCCGCACUACGGCCACAUCUUAGCCGGGACUAUCAAGGAUAUGGUGGUACGAUUCGCGAACCAAACCGGGCACUACGUCUACCCUCGCUUCGGUUGGGAUUGCCACGGCCUGCCCAUCGAGUUCGAGAUUGACAAGAAGCUUGGCAUCAAAACCUCGCACGACGUCAUGAACUACGGCAUUGCUAACUACAACGAGAAGUGCCGCAGGAUCGUGAUGCGGUAUUCCUCGGAGUGGCGCACCACCGUGACGCGCACGGGGCGUUGGAUUGACUUCGACAACGACUACAAGACGAUGAACGCGUCCUAUAUGGAGAGCGUCUGGUGGGUGUUCUCGGAGCUGUGGAAGAAGGGGCUCGUCUACCGUGGUUUCCGCGUUAUGCCCUUUUCCACGGGCUGCACGACGCCUCUCAGCAACUUUGAGGCGAACCUGAACUACAAGGACGUCACGGACUGCUGCAUCACGGUCGCAUUCGAAUCCAAGGACGAGCCUAACACGUACUUUCUGGCGUGGACGACCACGCCUUGGACGCUCCCUAGCAAUCUUUCGCUGUGCGUCCAUGAGGAGGUAGACUACGUCAAGUUUUUAGAUACAAAAUCGGGCCGCCACUACUACGUCGCUGAGGUCUUGCUGCAAGGGCUCUACCCCAAGCCGAAGAGUUCUAAAAAGAAGGAUCAAGGCUCAGCCGCGGAGGACUCCACCUCGGAGCCUUUUAAGGUGUUGGAAAAGGUCAAAGGAUCGGCGCUUGUAGGGAAAAAGUAUGUCCCACUGUUUUCUUACUUUUACGAGGAACUCAAAGAUCACGCGUUCCGCGUCGUGUCGGCCACAUACGUGACGACAGACAGUGGAACUGGCAUUGUGCACCAGGCCCCCGGGUUCGGUGAGGAUGACUACAACGCCUGCCUCGAACAUGGUAUUAUUGAAGAGGAUGGAAAUGUAGUCUGCCCGGUCGAUGAAAACGGAGCUUUCACAAAGGAGGUGACGGACUACGUCGGACGCUAUGUUAAGGACUGCGACGCCGAUAUUAUCAAAGCGCUUGAAGCCAGGGGCCAUAUUUUCCACAAGGGCUCCGUGGUUCACAGCUACCCCUUCUGCUGGCGCAGCGAAACACCACUACUGUACAAAGCCGUCGACGCGUUCUUCGUGAAGGUUAAAUCCAUCCGAGAUCGCCUGCUUACGGCAACAGACGCAACCUACUGGGUGCCCGACUUUGUCAAGACGCGGCGAUUUGCGAACUGGCUCGAGGACGCCCGCGACUGGAACGUCUCGCGGAACCGUUACUGGGGUACCCCGCUGCCAAUAUGGCAUAGUGAGGACUGGGAGGAGGUCGUGGUGGUGUCCAGCAUCGCGGAGCUCGAGCGGCUAUCGGGAAGGAGUGGUAUUACGGACAUUCAUCGGCAUUUUGUAGAUGAGAUUACGAUUCCCAGCAAGCGCCCAGGUGGGAAGCCGUUACGGCGGGUGCCAAUGGUGUUUGACUGCUGGUUCGAGUCCGGCUCAAUGCCAUACGCCGAGGAGCACUACCCGUUUGAGAAUCAAGAACUUUUCAAGGAGUUGUUCCCGACUAACUUUGUAGCGGAAGGCCUUGAUCAAACACGCGGCUGGUUCUACACCUUGCUGGUGCUUGGCGUAGCGCUUUUCGAUGUCUGUCCUUUCAAGAACGUUUGUGUGUCUGGUUUGGUCCUCGCAGAAGACGGAAAGAAGAUGAGUAAGAGCUUAAAAAAUUACCCUGAGCCGUCCCUUAUAAUUAAUCAAUACGGUGCUGAUGCGCUUCGUAUGUUUAUCAUUAACUCCCCUGUCGUCCGUGCUGAACCACUGCGCUUCCGCGAGUCAGGGGUGAAGGAGGUUGUCAAGGAUAUUCUUCUACCGCUCUUCAACGCGACAAAGUUUUUCAUUGCGAACACCAAUUACUGUAUUGCAGCCGGCGGCACCGUAUCCCUGGAUAAGCACAGCACGAACGAAAUGGAUCGCUGGAUCCUAGCUUCAACAGAGACGCUUGUGCGUUACGUCCGCGCCGAGAUGAAGGUCUACCACCUUUACAAUGUUGUUCCUGGUAUUCUACGUUUUGUUGUUGACUUAUCGAGGUGGUAUGUUCGGAUGAAUCGACGGCGCAUGAAAAACACCAGUGAUGGCGAGGAUCGCUCUUGCGCCUUGUCCACGAUGCUUUCGGUUUUGUUUACGGUCUCACGUGUGAUUGCGCAUAUCACCCCCUUCAUUUCCGAAAUUCUAUUCCAGCGCAUCAAGGUACUCCUGCCCGAGCAGUACCAAGUGGAUUCUAUCCAUUACCUCUCUAUCCCUGAGGACGACGAUAGCGUGAUGGACGCAGACCUGGAGCGGGCGAUGAGCCGUAUGUCGACGGUUGUCGACCUCGUACGAGUGCUGCGCGACCGCAUGGUGAUUCCAAUCAAGCGUCCUGUACGCCAAGUCAUCAUCGUACACCCAGAGCAAACCUACCUGGACGACGUCGCUAAGGUGGCGGUUUACAUCAAAGAGGAGGUGAACGCCUUUGAGGUGAACCUGUCUUCCGGUACGGAGUACAUCGAAACAUGGCUGGAUGUCAACUUUGAGGUGCUCGGAAAGCGACUUCGCAAUGGCAUUGUCCCGAUUCGGAAGGCCAUUAAGGCCAUGACCCCGGAGCAAGUCGCCAGCUUUAUCCACAACAAGGGGGGUAAAGUCGACGGCCACGAGCUCACGAUGGACGACGUCAAGGUCCUUCGGAAAUUCAAAGAGGGGAUUGUCGACUUUGAGAGCAACACCGACCAAGAUGUCGUCGUCUUAGUUGACAAGCGCGACGAUCAGGAACUGGUGGACUCGUGGCGCGCUCGUGAGUUUGUUAACCGUGUGCAGCAGCUUCGUAAAAAGGCAAAAUUAGUCGUUUCGGACAAGGUUGACGUUUACUUCGCGUGCGAAGAGGAGGAUCUUACAGUAUCGAUCUCUAAAUGUAAGCAACAGAUCAAUCAAACUGUGAAAGGGGUAUGGACUACUAUGGAUAAGCUUCCAUCCAACGCGAAGGUUAUCCUGGAAGAGGAGAGCAGUAUUUCAGGCAUAGGCAUUAAAUUCGUUUUUACCGAGGCCGCAAACUAG